AUGUUUGAAGGGCGCGAGGAAGAAUCUCUCGCCACUGAAGAGUGCCGCGCAACUGAUGUGCUGCAGGGACAGCGUCCAACGCUGUUGGGGUUUUCUGGUGGCAUAUAUUAUCCCAGUGUGAUUCCGCGGAAAAUGAGUACGUUGCAAUCAAGGUGGUUUCUGGAGGACACGGUAGAAGACGUCCUGCUUGCGGAAGAUGGCUACCCCAAUAAGAAGAAGCUGAAUGAUGUCCUCCGACAUGAUUUUUUCGGCAGGGGCGUUGUGAAUGCUAAUGAGGGCGUCCUUAUGGGGGAGUUUGUUGCCAACCCAGAGAAGUUUGUACAUGACAUAAAGCUACUGCACGAAGUGGAGGACAAGACCAUGUUUGAGCUUCUGAAGGCUGAGUACCUUCUUCGUCAACAAGGUGUGGUCACCCUCAAGCAGUGGAUGUCCUUUGAAAACAAGAAAUUGGUUCCUUCUUAUCCACGGAGAAUCCUCAAUAUUGUCUUGCGUGAUUUGAAGACAAUGACCGUGGUAACUGGGCCGCAUAUCAUUGGGGCCUUUUACAGGGCCGUGUACGACGCGCGCUGGAGCCACGUCGUGGAGGUUCCCGGCGGCGAAGGGGUGGGAAUGGAGGUGCGUGAGGGCCAGCCACCACAGUUGUGGGAGUUCCAGGAGGAUCAGCAUACGCUUGCACCAAGCAACCAUGCGGAGCAGCUCCCCCCGCCCCAGCUCAGGCUGAUGGUGCUGACCUCGAGCCGAGGAUGGCCGUUCUCGUGGUUCAGAUUCGAAUAUCUUCCUCACUGCUACGUCACCGUCGAGGUAGAGCGGGUCUGGAAAAUCGUCCUCGACGAUCUGACGGACUGGCUAAUCACACACGGUGGGGGCCGUUUUGAACCGGUGACGCGUAUCGUGAUUGGAACGCCCGGGGUGGGGAAGUCGAUGAAUGUUGGCUCCUACCUUCUCUACCAUCUGCUGCACUACGAUGCCGAGAAGCUUCCAAUUGUUGUGCACUUCAUUGCGGAUCGGGUGUUUAUUUUUGACAAGACCACCAGCGUUGUGGUGCGCUUCGAAAAUGUUUUAGAUGCCUGGAAAGUUGUGACGGAGCUGUCUGCGAGCGUGUGUGGGUAUAUUAUCUACGAUGUAUCCGAGAUGGGAGGUAUGCCGUCGAUAAAGUUGCCUCCCACCGGGUGGGGGAUGACGUUGCUGACGACUCCACAUUGCAUUAACUACAUGGAAUGGAAGGAAGAGAUGGAUGCCAAGGAAAUUAUCGUGAAUUGCCCCGAUGAGAGUGAUGUGAAGGCGAUGUGUGCCUGGAGGACGCGUGACAGACCUGCACAGGAGCAGGCAGAGUACUGGAGUAAGAUCAGGGACUGCAUGGAAUAUGUGGGGCCUGUUCUCCGGCGUCUCUUCAAUGAGGCGAAUCACGGCAUGUACUUUGACCUGGUCGAUAAUGGCGUGGAGGAUAUUGUUCCUGUCGCGGGCAACUACUAUAUUGGCUUAUGCAGCGACAUUUUGUGGCACAGAUGUAGUCGAUUUCAGAAACUGUCUAAGAUUGUGCGGGUGUUGGGGGCGUGCAGAACGGAGCGCUUUCGCAGCGCACCAAUUUCUCCUGUGUUCAAGGGAAAAGUAUAUGCUCUGCUGGGGCGGAUUAUGAAGUGGCCUGUUGGCUUCAGGAUGGUGCUGAUCCCCAACUAUAUUUUAUUGCCAGCGGCAGUGGAAGAGUAUGGUGCGCUGGCAUUUAUGUAUUGUGAGUUUGUGAAGAGGAUACACGACAAGCUGCGUGAGCUGCGGGCCCCAGCAGGAGGACGUAAGCCGCGGCCCUGCGUGCUGCACGUGAACCCGCAGCUGUUCCCCAUUGACGCGGUCGCACUGCUGCCGAAGUUGUCUUGUCCUGCGAAGGUGGAUGUAAGGUACCGGGUGCUGUACGUGCCGGGUAUGAGGGACUUUCCGCUUGUAGACGCCUUCUUCUUCGUUGACGCACCGCGGAAGACGAUGGUUGGGCUGCAGACGGCCACAGCGAAGAUGCACCACAUCACAAGCAGCGCGGUGCGGCAGUUCAGUGAGCGCCUGGCGGAGGUGUUCAAUGAUUGGGAAGCUUUUUCCGUGGGCUUGUCGUGGGAAAUUAUUUACGUGCAACAUGCCGAGUGCCGAUCAGUGGACACAUGGCAGCGAUGCGGUGUCAACAAUGACCCGUACGAGGCUCAGAGGGAAGCGGGGGAUGCGGCGAGCGAAUUUUGGAACGAAAACGUGCAUCAUUAUUUGCUCAAGGUGUCGGUGGGCGAUGCGAUCGCGGCGUGUGGGAGGGAAGUUGCGGUGAUCUUCCUCGGCGACACGCGAAUGGAUGUACUUAACCUUGACUCUUCGCUGUGGCGCGACAACCGUGCGUGA